AUGAAAUCUCUUUCACUUAUAAUUUUUGAAUAUUUGAAAAGCAAAUACUAAAAUGUGACAACCAAGCAGAUUAAGUACAAAUACCAUGUAAAUAAGCCUACAUAUCACAGUUAGAAAUGGAAUAAGGUGAAUGCAUGAAUAUGCUCAAUCAAAGUGACAAUAAAGUUAGAAGCACAUUGAUCAAUUUUACUAUAAUGAGCCUAUUCUUCAAAUAAUUUGAACGCAUUGGUGUAGUUAUUUAUUUCAUAGUCAUGAUUCUUGAUUACUCAUUUUUUGGGGCAACAGAAGAAGAUCUUGUUGUAUAUGUAAUGCCACUUACUAUGCACUUUGUGCUUCAAAUAUCAAAGGCUCUCUAUUUUGACUUUAUAAAGAGAAAAUAAGAUGACAUAGUAAAUAAUAGAAGAAUAACACGCUUUCGUAAACUUAGAAAAGAUAAACCAAAAUAUUAAGUAACACAAUAAUAAUAGCAGUAAUCUUCAUUUAAAAAACCUAAAAUUUCACUUUAUGAGAAUUGUUUUUGGGGAUGCAUUGAAUAAGGAGAUAUUAUUUAUUUAAAACGUAAUGAAGUUUGUCCUGCUGAUAUGCUUUUGCUUGAUGUUUCAGAUGAAAUUCUACAAGUAUAAACACAAAAUUUCUAAGGUCUAACACUUGAUUAAACUCGAUAACCAACAUAAUUAACAAUGUUAAAAAAUGGGAGAAAUAGAAUUUAGGGUUUCGAUUACAAGAAGUUGCUGACUGGAACGAUUUAAUAUAAUAUUAAUGAAUCAUCGAUAAAUGGAUUUAUAAAAUUAAAGAAGGAUCCUAAAGGUGAAUAUUUUGAUAACAAAAACAUAAUCUUUAGAGAAGAACAAAUUAGAACUUGUUAAUAUGUGAUUGGGGUUGUACUAUAAACAGGUAACAAUUGUUUUUGUUAUUUAAAUAUGAAGAAAUCUGAAAAAAAAUCAUUUUUUGUUUAAAAGUCUAGUAUGUUUUUUGCUCUCACACUUGGGAUUUCUUUAAUAGUUUCUAUGUUCAGUUGGUUUUUGGCAUCAUUUGCUGCUUGUUUACCUUAUAAUUAGGCAGAUUUCGAUUCUACAACAUUAAUAUUUUAUAUAUUGUAGUACUUAAAAACAACACCAAUAUAUUUUUAUAACUGUAUAGAUUUGAUAGAAGUUAUUAAUGCUCACAUAAAAUAUAAAAAAUAUAUAGGUGUUAAAAGUACAAAGAUUGACUAUUUAUAAUUAAAUCCAGUAUCUGUAGGAGAUAUGGUAAUGACAGAAUUUGUAUGUUUUGAUAAAACAGGUACAAUUACAAAUGGAGAAUCUAGAAUUCAUGCAAUAAUAGUAGAAGAUACAAUGUAUAAGUUUAAUUACAAUAACAUGAUAAAGAAUUAAUGGAAUACAUUUAAAGAUCAUCUACAAAAUUAGAUAAAGAAUGAUCCAAACUUUUAGAUAGAAGAGAUUGAUGAAUCGGAUAUAGAAAUUCAAUCAAAGAAAGUAAGACAUACAGGAAUAUUUAAAUUAACAUUAUAACAUUGGAAUUCUAAAAAGAUGUCUAGUUGUGAAUUUAUCAAAUCAGAAUUAGCAUCAAGUAGGAGUAUAGCAAAUCCAUUAGAUGAUGUUGAUAUAGAGAUAGAAAAUAUGAAAUUGGAAGAUUUUGAUGAUAGUCAUUAUAGAGUAACACCUGAAUUGAGUAAAGCUAAGCCGAAACCUUUUUUCAAUAAAAAAGCCAUAGCCACUGCACCAGUAUAAAUGGUUGCUUAAAGUUAGGGAGGUAUAAGUCAUUCUCAAGAAGAAGAAUUCCUAAUAAAAUAAUAAUCUUAAAAAGAGGAGUAGAGAUCUUUUGAUAAUAAUAAUAAAUCUAUUAAAAGUAAAAAGUUUUUAGAGCAUUCUUCAUCUGAUAUGAAAAGAUAAUACAGUGCAAAGAGAUCAUUUUAGAUGGAUAAGGUGGCUGAAGAAGAUAUUGAAAUAGUUUUUCAUGGAGAGAAUGAAUUCUAUAAACAUCUAAUUCAUGGUUAAAAUAAACUAGUAUAUUAAGAAUCACUUUUAUAACUUUUACUCUGCUUAGAAAUAGUCUCUAGAUAUUCUCCAAGUGAAGAUCAAUUUAUGCAUGAUUCAUCAUAAUACUCAUUUGAUUAAGAGGUAUUAAGAUUUGUAGGCUAACUUGAUAUUAAAUUCUUAUGUUGUAAUGAAUUUAAUGGAAAAGUUAUUUAUAUUGUUGAUUUUUUUGGAGAAGUAAUGGAGUUCUAAGUUAUGGCUACUUAUAAUAAUGGAAAUAAUUAAUUAGGAGUGCUUAUCCUCUAUCCAGAUAAACUUUAAGAGAGAUUUAUGCUCAUUAAUGAAAAUGAUCCAAUGGAAAGUCUAUAAUAUGUAUUUAUAAUGAGGGAAGAAACAAAUUAAUUACCUGUAAAUAUUGAUGUCGAUAAACCAAAUAGAGAAUAUUGGGAUAAAGUAUUUUAAAAAUUACACAUGGGUGGAAUGAGAUCUGUGAUAUAUUCAAAAGUAUAUCUAAAAGAAUAGGAUGCUAGUAUAUUUUUAUCUAGAUUCUAAGGAGAACUAGGAAUGUCAGCAUUUUAAUAAAUUUCUAAAGAUAUGUAAAUUGUGCAGGUUGUUGGAAUAAAAGAAUAAAUUAGAAAAGAUACAAAAAUAUUGAUAAAUCAGAUGAAGGCUGCGGAACUUAGUCUAUAUCUUUUAAGUGGAGAUGAAUUAAGUAGAGUUUUACCAAUUGCAUUCAAAUCUAAAAUACUAAACUAAUACGAUACAUUGUUGUAUCUAGAUAAUGAUAAUGCUAGAGUUGUUAUGAAGAAUCAUUUGACCAUCCUUUCUCAAUCCUUAAAAUUAGAAGAAUCCUGGGGUUCAAAACCUAUGAGAAUGAGUACUCUAGAUAAACAUCAUCGUACUCUAACUAUUGAAGAAAAACAAGCUACCUAUCCAGAAGUUAAGUCAUUUAGUAUCAUUUUGAGUGGAGAGUAUUUCAAUCUUAUAUUACAGGAUAGUUAUUUAUUAAGCCAUUUCUAAUUUCUUCUUUACUUUUGUAAUUCUUUAAUUGCAUAUAAAAUGGAUUAAAAGUAAAAAGCUACUAUUGUUUAAAUCAUUUAGACUCAAUUCAUUGGGAAUAAAAGAGUUUUAGCAGUUGGUGAUUCUUAUAAUGAUAAUUACAUGUUUUGUUAAUCUAAUAUUGGAGUUUAAUAUUGCCAUUAUCCUAUACAACUAUAAUAAUAUCAAAGAGGAGGCACAAAGUUAAAACUCAAUCGUAAAGUCACUUCAAAUAAAUCUUUAGAUAAUCCAUUAAAUCGAAAAUUCUUAUAAAAUGAAAUGUGGGUUGUUCCAACUACAGACAUAUGUCUCAAAAAUUAUCUUGAUUUAAGUGGUUUAAUGUUUUUUGAAAGUAGAAUCUUUGCUGAAGUCUAUGAUGAUUUACUAGUCUUUUCUUUCUAUAGAUCCUUACUUAUCAUUUACAUUUUAUUUUUUUCAUAUGCAAGCUAUUGUAGCUAAAAUCAAACUAUAUUUACAGGAGUUUGGUUAACUGUUUAUCAAAGUAUUUUGCUUUUCAUACAAUAAAUAGUAAGUUUAAAAUCAAAAUUUGAUAAAUAGUAUGAUAAAGAUUCAAUCACAUAUAUCGAACAAUUUAAAUGUAAUGUAAAGAUUUUCAAAAAAAAGAAAGUAUUGUCAUUCAUUUUUAAAAUUAAUGGAAAUGCUAUGUUAGAUGCUGCAUUAUUCUACUAAUCUUUAUAGAUUAUUGAUGAAAUUUAAUUUGAUACCUUUAAAUAAAUGUUAUUGAUUCUUUUAAUCUUAAGUGAUAUUGUAAAAUUAGUUGUAUCAACAAACUACACCAAACAUACUUGGAUUGUAUUUAUUUUUACUUAUUUAAUAUGUUGGUUAAUGACUUCCAUUUUAUCUGCCUAUUUUUAGAAUAUGGAUAGUUUUACAGAAUUGUUUACAGUGCCUUCAACAUGGCUGGCAUUUAUAUUUUAUGGUUUUUCCUAAUUCUGUCUUAGUAGCAUAAUUGAGUAUAUUUAGCCAUUAUUUUGUUAAUCUCUAAUUGAUUAAGCUUAAUAUGAUUAAGUUUAGAAUUAUAUUUAUAAGUCUCAAAAAAAUGGAGCAAAGCGAUAUCAUAAUCUUAUCAAAAGAUUUGCUUAAUUAGCAGGAAAGGUUUUUAAGAAAAAUAAAGAUGAAAUGGAUAUAUCUAUUUAGGAUAUUAUUUGUGAAUUAAAAGUUAAUCAAGAUAGAAUCAAUAAAUUUACCUUAAGAUUUUUAAACAAAGAUACAGAAAUGAAAUUUAAAAGACUUUCAAAACUUAAUUGGUUUAAAUUUGAGAGAAUUAAACUUGGUUUAUCACUAAUUUUUUUGGAAGUUUUUGCUUUAUUAAUAUAUUCUCUUACUCAUGGAGAAGAAAUUUAAUCUUAAACUUAUUUUAUAAUAUACAUCCUUAGUAUAAGCAUUUAAGUGAUAGUACAAAUAAUGACAUGUUCAGGAAUGUAUUUGAAACACUUUUUUUAAAUAAAUCUAAUAAUUGCUAGUAUUCGGUUACUUACAAAAAUGAUUUCAGACCUUGAACAAGAAGGUACAUAUAUUAUUCUUUUAAGUUAAUGUUAUAUAUUAAUAAUAAUAUUUUCAAGACUGCAUAUACCUUUAUUAAAUUUUACAAUAGCUACUUUGUCAAUAGUUGGAUUCUUAAAGAAUUAUAGUAUGGGAAUAGAUUAUUAUCAAAAAAUAAAUGGAGUUUUAAUAGUUUUAAUUACAUUAAUAUUUUUUAUAUCUCUAUAGUAUAAGUUGCAUAUGAUGGAAAGAUAAGAUUUUUUAUUGGCUGCAACUUUAAAUCAAGAAACAACAUCAAUGACUAAUGUAUUAUCGAUUUUAUUACCAAAAUUUAUAAGAGAUAGAAUAAAUGCAAGUAUAUAGAAAUUAAUAAAUAAUUUUAGAGGGAGUAUUUGAGAUAUAGGAGAAUUAAGGAGAAGUUUCAAUUUUAUUUUGUGAUAUAUGUGGGUUUGAUGAUUUAAUAGCAGUAGAGAAAGAAAACAUUGUUAAUUUAUUAGAUAGUUUAUUCAGAGGAUUUGAUGGUUUAUGUGUAUCAAAUGGAAUGUAAAAGAUAGAAACAGUUGGAAAGACAUUUAUGGCAGCAGGAGGUUUAAAAGCAGUUGAUUAAGGAACAAAGUACAUAAAUUAGAGUGCAGUAAAGAGAGUAUAUAUAUUAAUAAUAUAAAGGCUGUUUAAUUAUCUUUAGAAAUGAUGGAAUACUCUAAAAAAUUUAAAUUUGGAUAAUCAGGUAAUGUUAAAAUAAAGAUUGGAGUUCAUUAUGGUCGUGUAAUUGCUGGUGUUAUAGGUCAUCAUAAACCUUAAUUCUCAUUAAUUGGUGAUACUGUUAAUACAACAAGUCGAGUAUGUUCUACUGGUUAAGAUGGAGAAAUAACAUUAUCUAAUGAAGCAUAUAUGGAACUUAAUAUGCCAGAUUUAUAAUUCAAUUAAAUUAAAGUAAAUGCAAAAGGUAAAGGAGAAUUAAUUACUUGGUAAGUUGUCACUUCAAUCAAAAGAAAUACUGAUAAAAAAGUUAGAAAGAAGAAAGGACUUGUUCCAAAAUUUGAUUCAUCAUAAUCAGAUUUACCAACCUUAACUAAAUUAGAUCCUGUUACUCCGAAAACUGAUUUUAGAUAAUUGAAAGUUCCUUAACAGAUUAAAUAACUUGACAUUUAUCCAAAUGAAUCAAAUGGUAAAAUGGAAAAAGAUUUUAAUUCUGAAAACAACACAACUAGUUUUAGUCUUCUUAAAGAUUCUUUAUAAUCAAAAGAUAUUCGUCCUAUAAGAAAAAGAGGACAAAGAGGACCUACAUUAAUUAUGAAAGCAUAAGAUGCUCAAAAAGUUGUAGGUCCUUUAUAAUUAUAACACUCUACUAGUUAAAAUAAUAUUUAACAUUCAAGUAAUAAGAAUCUUCCUCCUAUUGUUGUUUAUUAAGCUGAAGAGAGUGCUCAUUCUAAUAAUUUAAAAGAUGAAUCUUUUUUUGAAAAAAAUCAAACCAAUCUCCUACAUGAUUUAUCAUAAAAAUUAAGAAGAGACCUUUAUAUUGAAAUACUUGAUGAAGCACCAGAUUAUGAAGUAGAAAUUGAAAAAAUAUAAUUUGAUGAAGAUGAAUAAUUUAAGAGUGAAGAUUUAUAAUUAGAAAGAAGUAGGUUCUAUCUUGAUUUUAAAGAGAAUUAAAAAGAAUUAGCAUAGGAAUUUAUGGAUUAAAAGGAAGGUAUCAAUAUUGUAUUUAUGCUAUUUCUCCAUUUUCUUUAAUUUUUAUCAAAAACACUCACUCUUUUAUUUGUAUAACAUUAAGAAAAUUGGAUAUCUGUUUUUGUUAUACGAUUCGUAGCAUCAAUAUUAUUAUUAACCUUAGCUAUGUUGUAAAAUAAAAAAUUAAAGCAUAGAUUUUAUAAAUAUUAAUACUUCUUAAUAACAUACUUUGGCAUAUUAAUUAGUAUUCUUUUAGAAUUUAUUCUCAUGCCUGAAAAAUCAGUAGAAUUAUAAGCAGCAGAGGGAAUUUUAUUAAUUUGUUUCUUUUGUUCACUAUCAAUUAUUAAAAUUAAAUACAAGGUUUAUUUUAAUCUUUGUCUCUUUAUUGUUUAAUUAUUGAUAGUUUUAAUUCUUUAUAAAGAUUUAGCUAUAGCAUAUUAUACUAUUUUUUAAAGUUGCAUGACAUUUAUAGUUUAAUAUCAUUUAUUUUUCUAAGAUUUAGGUACAUUCAAUAAUAAGAGAUCUUUAGAAUUAAAAAAAUUAUAAACGUAAAAUUUAGUUAAGUAUCUCUUACCUACUCAUAUAUUAAAAUAAUUUUUAUCUAAUAGUAAUCAAAGGAUGGUAUUAGUAGAUCAAUUUGAGGAUGCAACUCUAUUAUUUGCAGAUAUUGCUGGAUUUACUGAAUAUUCUAGUAAAGUAGAGCCAGAAUAGGUUGUCAAUAUGUUGAGAAACUUAUUUACUGAAUUUGACAAAAUAUGUUUAAAUUAAAAUGCUUAUAAAUUAUAUACAAUAGGUGAUUGUUAUGUUGCAUUUGGAAUAGUUGAUGUUACAUAAAGGAAUCCUCCUUAGGAAGCAAAAAAUGUUGUAGAAUUAGGAUUUAAAAUGAUUGAAAUAAUUAGAUAAGUUAGAUCAAUAAUAGGAUUUGAUGGAUUAGAUAUGAGGAUUGGUAUACAUACUGUAACUAUUUUAUAUAAUUUUAGGGUAAAGUGAUAGGAGGAAUAUUAGGAACAGAAAUAGUUAGAUACGAUGUUUAUGGAGCUGAUGUUAUGAUUUCUAAUAAAAUGGAAUCAAAUGGUGAAAGAGGUAAAGUUUAAGUAUCAGAAGAAACUAAAUAAUUACUUGAACAAUCUUAUCCAGAUUAAUUUUUAUUUUCUUUUAAUAAAGAAGUUGAAUUCAAAUCUAUUUUUAGAAAAACUAAAGGAUAUUUUAUUGAUCCGAUAAAAAAUGAUAGCGAUCAAGAUUUUGAUGAUAUGAAUCACUAUUAAUUUGUCAAAGAUUUAGAAUAAUAUGAAAAUGGAGUGCAAUGA